GGAGUACCAGACAUAGUGCCUUCUUAAAACCUGAGAUGUUUAAUUUUGUCUGAUUUACUUUGUCUGAUUUACUCAGUGGUUUUACUAAACUUGGCAAACAGGACAAAGAUGCAAACCAAAAGCGUCAUCAAAGAACAGACAAGGGUCAGGUGUAAAGGGUAAAAAAUAAAAGAAGAGUUUUAACUGUAAGUAUUUCUUAACAUGUAGAGGAAGGAAAAUGUAUUUAGUAAAGAAAGAGGAAGAAACUGGUUGAACAGUUUAAACCCCCCAGAGCUGCUCGUGUUAUUUCUGUUUUUGUUCUCUGGAUGCAGGAGAUGAACAUCUCUUAAUGAGGGACCACUGAUGAUGUCACUCAGACUGAAUCCUCCCCUUUCUCUGUUGGUUCUGCUCAUGGUUUCAGGAGUUCUCUCCCAGCCAGGGUGGGGUGUGUCUUACACAAAGAGCAACAUCUGUGCUCUAAGGAGAUCUACAGUAACCAUGGGCUGCAAUUAUACAUAUCCAGAUAAUUACACAGUUCAGAAUGUUUUCUGGAGCAGAGGGCUGGGUACAGAUAAAGAGCCUCCUGAUCUGUCUUCAGACCCAAAGUACACAGGCAGGGUUCAAUACCUCGGAGACAAACGGAGUAACUGCAGUCUCAGACUGAGUGAUGUGACAGGACAGGACCGAGGCAAAUACUACUUCAGAUUUAUAACAACAGGUGGAGAAAAGUAUCAGGGUACAGAUGGAGUUGACCUUUCUGUCGCACAGCUUCAGCUGGAGAUGAUUCCUGUUAGUGUGGUUGAGGGAGAUGAAGUCACUCUCACGUGUAAAACCACCUGCAGCCUGACUGACACUCCAGCAUUCACCUGGCACAAAAAUCUACGUCCUUUAUUCUCAGUCAAUUCCUCUAACCUGCUCCGUCUUCCUUCAGUCAGUCAGAUGGAUGCAGGCGAUUACAGGUGUGGUGUACAGGGACAAAUUUAUCGCUCCCCUGCUGUCACUCUUGAUGUCCAGUAUCCUCCAAAGAAUGUGUCAGUGUCCAUCAGUCCCUCGGGUAAGAUAGUGGAGGGCAGUUCAGUGACUCUCACCUGCAGCUGUGAUGCUAACCCACCUGUGGAGACCUACACCUGGUAUAAGGUGAAUGAAAGCUCACCUGUAGGAUCUGGACAGAGUUACAGCUUCCCCUUGAGGUUCAGCAGCAGUGGAUGGUUUUACUGCGUGGCUCAGAAUAAAUUCGGGAGUCAGAGCGCCGCUGCAGUGCCUCUCACUUCAAGUGGGGGCAGAAGUGUAGUUCUGUACGUAAUUCUUGGAGUCACAGUUGGAUGUGGAUGUUUACUUGCCAUCAUUGGUGUCUUAUGUAUGAGGAGCAAGAGAAGAGGAGGUUCAAUAAAUGACACCAAGGUAUCAUCGUCUAGUCAGAUUAAUAACCCUAGUCCUCCUGAAGACCCGUACACAGCUCUUGAUCUUCAGACCAGGUCCUCCAAUGAUGUGUACAACACGCUUGCAACAGUUCACCCGAGUCCUCCUGAAGACCCGUACACAGCUCUGGAUUCUCAGUCCAUCUCUCCUGAUUACGACACUUUAACAAAUGCAAGAAAGCAACAGUGAGAUUGUCAACAUCAAGACCAUGUCGUGAGAGAGAGAGCGAGAGAGAGAGAGAGAGAGAGAGAGAGAGAGAGAGAGAGAGAGAGAGAGAAAGCGCUUUGGAUAAAUAUUAACUCAUACUUCAAAUAGCUGAAAAAUGAGAGCUUUACUUCUAUGAACAAUAUAUUGUGUGUGACUGCAUGUGCUGUUGGUUGAUUCUUUUACUAAAUGUGUACUAUAGGUUUUUGUCCUGUUUUAAUAAUUAUUUUGUUUAUAUUUUACCUGCUAAACUAAGACACUGUGCAAAAAUGUGUGCCGAUAACGUUUUGUACAUUUUACACAAUAAAUAUGAUGUACAAAC